AUGGGCGCACUCGCCUCCUCUACUCGCAUGGGCGACGCUCCAGCCGUGCCUUCGCAACAGCCUGCCGGCGCCAAAGCCGCCAAUCCCUUGUCGGAGUCCGAAGAGGAAGUAGAGGGCGAAGGAAUCGACCCCUCAGCUCCUGCCGUGGAAAGGGCGGUGGUUCAGCUUACGCGUGUGGUCAAGAGCCUCGCUGGCGACAAGGGCCGCCCGCGGGAUUUGAAUGCCCUGCUCGACCGAGCCGAGACGGCGGUGCCGAAAUCAGCUCCAGCAGCGGGGGUCGCUCCAAGGCAGCCGCUUCUCGCAAGCUUCGGGCUUGCCUCCGCGAGUCUCCCGCUUUCCUGUACGAGGCUGUGGAGGAGGCCAUGGCGGAAGAUUUCAACCAAGUUCGUACUACGCCAUCCUUGGCCAGUGGCCAGUGUUCCAGUGUCGACUCGAGGAUGGGUCGAGCAUCGCAGCUGGCUGGGUCCGUACCCAGCUUCCAUUCGUGCCAUGUGGAUUUUAGGUGCGGUGCACGAUCGCUUGAAGGAAGGCAAAGCGGAGGAAGCAAGGGCGAGGGUGGCUCUAGCACUUUGCGCCUACCAAAGCGCCGCAGACAGCGGCAAUUGGCUACUGUCUCAAGAACUUCUCCUCGAGCAAGCUCCUCCCUACUCAUCCUUCAACCGCGUUCGCGGGGGCAACGAUGCCGGCGACGUCCUUCAUACUUGUUUGGCGGACCCCAGAUGGAUAGAAAUCCUUAUGGCGCGGUUGCGCGACCAGGAUGCAUACAACGAGGCAAAGCAGCGACUGACCUCCAAGCGGCGGCAGCAGGCUCCCAAUACCGAAGAUCCCCCGGCACCUGGCGACACGCCCAAGGGCGCCCAGCGGCCAGAGCUCUGCCACACACCGAUCAAAGCCAAUCAGCGCUCCCGGCUGGGCUCGACUCGCAUUCCUCUGACCAACUUGGUCUUGGUGCUUUCUUUUCUUCACUGCAACGGCCCUUCUGUGGCCCCUUUGAAAAUCUGUUAUGGAGCCAAGCCGACUCCUCAGCAAUGGGCCGCCCUUGGCUCUUUCCGUGCUGCGGUUCAAGCCUGGAACUCUUAUCCUGAGGUGGAAGCGGCUGACAUGGGCCGCGGCGCCGUUAAGGUUGAAGGCAUCUCUGACGUGCUGGCUCAGCUCCUGCGUGUUGCCACUCCAGUCGCUGCUGCUCUCCGCUCGUACCGCGGCACUUGCCGAAGUGGGCCGCCGUGCAAAGGCGACGCUGGCCAUCCAGGGGCUGUCAUUGGAUCUAUGCCUGCCGACAUGCUGCCUUUGGCCAAGUGCAUCGAGCCUUCCCGCUUGUCGUUCUUUGGCAGCCCGUCCUUUGAUCCACUUCCCUUUCUGGAUCCAGUCAACAGGGCGUGGUACGCCGAUCCUGUAGCACUCUCCGAGGAGGCAUCCUCCGAAGAGCGCAUGAGGUUCUUUAAGCUUCUGGAUGAUGGUGGUAGGCUAGCUCUCCAUCCCGCGUCUGCCUUGCGCGAGGGUUAUGGUGCCGGGGCUUUUGCAAUUCCUAAGAGCGUCUCCAAGGAUCGGCUCAUUGUCGACUGCCGCCCAGCGAAUCAGCUUGAGCCCGACGAAGAUCGCUGGAUUCGGAGCUUGGGCUCGAUCUUCCAGCUUCGCACUCUCUUCCUUCGGCCGGGGUUUCAGCUGAUUACUUUCGCCGAGGACAUCCGGGACUUUUAUUACGGGCCCGAGCUUGCCGAUUGCUCCGUUUGCCCUUGCCUCUCAACCUUUGCAAUGGGGGACAAGCGAGCUGUCGCCUACGGCCAGGCAGCCCACCUCAGCGUUGCCCUUCGCGGGGGUGCCUGUGACCUCUCCGAGUUUAUCACGCUUAAGGCCGGUGUGCCUCGGUCCGGCGACUUCUGCGGGCUUAUUAUGAUCGAUGACUUCGUCCGCUGUGCUCAGGUCCCCUUGUCUGAUGACGGAUCUGCAGCUCCAAGCUGGCAGCGAACUCAGGCUGAGGGCAAGAUGCAUGCUCUUCGGCAGGCGUACGAGGACUCAGGCCUGCCUCGUCACCCUGACAAAGCCGUCUGGGGUCUUCCCGAUGCCGAAGUUUGGGGUUCUGAAAUAUUGGGGAAGCAGGGUUUGGUUCGGCCGAACUUCAAAAGAUCCAUCCCUUUGGUCGGUUGUGUAGCUGAGAUGCUGGACUUGCGACGAACCUCUGUUCGGCUCCUGGAGGUCAUCUCCGGCUCCUUCGUGUCUGUGUUUCAGUUCCGGCGCCGAUUGAUGUCUUCUGAAGUUUACAGUGCGCAGGCCGGCCGCCAGCCGACUGAUAUCAUCUCCAUUUCGCCAGAGCUCCAUCAGGAGUUGCUGAUCGCCUGCCUUCUGGUUCCUACUGCCUUUCUCGACGUUCGGGCACCUGCUGCCCCUCUGCUGGUGGCCUCUGACGCAUCCACUCCAGCGUGGACUUUGGCCGCGUCUCCUGCGGCCGCUUCCUGCCUACCUCCGCUCGAGGGUCAGUUGCCUGCCGACCAGGAGCUCCCAGCUGAGCAUUACAAGUCCCACCCGCUCUGGCAGACCAUCUGCGAGAAUCUUCGGUUUAAGCAUUUGGUUAGGGCUAAGAGUAAUCGGGGUUCUCGUCAUAUCAAUAUUUUGGAACUUAAAGCCGCUCUGGAAGCCGAAGCCUAUGUCGGCAAACUGCACCCCUUCACCAGGUAUGUUCACCUCGUUGAUUCGCAGGUGGCUGCGGCCUCGCUUGUCAAGGGGAGAUCCUCGUCCAUAGGGAUCAACAAGCUCCUGAAAGGAAGUCUUGCAGUUCACCUUUCGAGCGGUGUGAACCCGGGUUUGGGUACAUUGCUUCAAGCGCUAACCCUGCCGACGACCCGAGCAGGUUCGUUCCCCUCAGACAACCUGACGGUCGGCCUCCUUCCUGGUUUGCCAGCUUCCUUUUUGGCGACCUCUCUGGCUUUGACGGCUUCCUUCUUCGGUCUCUUGGGCUUGACCGCUCCUCCUUGCGCCUGCCACCGAGUUGCUGGAGCCUCUUUCUGUCGACCUGCGGCCCAAGCGCGUGAGGCGCUCCGACCGGGGCCGGUCGUUCAAAAGCGGUCCCUCAACCUCUGCAAAGUCUGCGCGGGUUCGCCUGCGUCUCCUUCUGGCGACGCAGUCGCUAGCUCUGUCGACCUCCGGGAGCGUGUCGUCUCGGCCUGA